AUGUGGUUUAGUACUCUUUUGUCCUCUGUGACACUCUUACAGUCAUUUUCAUAUCUUGCCAACGCCCAAGAUGGUGCUCCAGGCAACAGAGGUGCUAUCCAUGAUAGUAUGGGUUGUUAUGUGAGUACUGAUUAUACCGGUGAAGGUUUCUACGCGAGAUUCUACAACUAUACCAAUGGUAUAGGAUACGAUCAAGACUUCGUGGAGUAUGAGUAUUCUGAAUAUGGUCAAUUGGUUGCUACUGCCAACAAUGUCAAAGAUAUUGAUAUUCUUUUCCCAGCUAUUGAAUCAGGUAUCGUUUGGGGUGAUAUCUACGGUGACAAUCUUACCGUUUCCAACUUCACUUUGAUUCUUACUGGUUAUUUCUACGCUGAGCAAACAGGUUACUAUAACUUCGACUUCAAGACCACUGAUGAUGCUGUUGUUUUGUAUUUCGCUUCCAAUGCCGCUUUUGAUUGUUGUGCAAGCACCACUCUUUCUACUCAUGCCAAUUUCAGUGAUGCUGUCAUUUAUACUACUGGUUCUAUUGCUAAUGAUGGUCUUGAUUACGACGCCUCAAGACAAACUUAUCUUGAAAGUGGUUACUAUUACCCAACCAGAAUCGACUACGUUAACAUGGUCCAUUAUGCUAACUUGGAUUUGGUUGUCACUUAUCCAGAUGCUGCUACUUCUACUCCAUCUAGCUCUGGCUCCUCCUCUUCUUCUCCAUCUGAAUCUAGCUCUGGUUCUUCUUCUGGUUCUUCUUCUGGUUCUUCCUCUUCAUCCCCAUCUAACUCUGGCUCCUCUUCUGGCUCCUCUUCUGGUGCUUCCUCUGGCUCCUCCUCUUCUUCUCCAUCUGAAUCUAGCUCUGGUUCUUCCUCUGGUUCUUCCUCUGGUUCUUCCUCUGGUUCUUCCUCUGACUCUUCUUCUUCUUCUUCUUCUCCAUCUGAAUCUAGCUCUGGUGCUGCUCCAAGUGUUGCUCAACAAGCUUCUUCCAGCAGUUCAUCCUCUUCAUCUCAAUCAACUCCAAUUAUUGUUCAACAAUCUGCCUCUUCUUCUUCCUCUUCUCCAAGUGAGACUGCUUCCAUUGAAGCUUACCAAGGCUCUGCUUCCAGAGCUAGUGGAAUCUCUGCUUCCAUUUUGGCCUUCUUUUUCUCACUUGUUUUAUUAUUCUAA